CUGGAAGGAUCAUCAGCUGGCCGUUCUUGCUUGGUUCAUGCAACUGCAACUGCAUCACAUCACAUUACACUCAAGACAAACCGUUGGGAGGACAAAUAACACCACAACAACCUUCGUCCCAUUCAAGAUCUCAAUUGUCAUUGUUUACACGUCAAUUGUGUGGAAAUUCACCAUAUAUCGCAGUUAGACUCCAAAGCCUAAAUAAGGUUUCAGGUGCUGGAGGGUUUGUUAGUGCUUCAUUGCCAAAUUUGAGCCUUUGACAGGAAUUUUCAUCAAUUCCAUUUCAUAUUCAUCCGCAUUUUCUUAUAUUCACCGGUAAUAUAACAAACAUAUUAGUGCUUUUACUAAAUGGAGUUCCCUAGACCACAAAAUACAGUGCUGUCAAUCAGUUCCUGUCCCACUUUUGCCAACGCGCGAUAUUAGCAAUAAAGUCGGUCAGGCUUUCGAAUUUACUGUUGCCACAGCCAUAGGGGAUUUAAAAGCUCAAAAUAUCGAAACAUCGGUCUGUGGCUGAAAUAUCUUGUACAACUACCUAUAUAAGUAUUUCUUGUACACAUUAUACGUGGAUUGGUUGUUGUCAGUUCAACGUGAUACUUGCCCAACGAUUCACGAAUUCGGAGAUAUUGGACAUCGGAGCGCAACCAUCUUUCAGCUCCAUCUCAUUAUAUACAACUAUACAUACGUCUGCGAGGCUCUCGAUUCAUCCCAAAUUCUCGUUCUACAACUUCUGGAAACACAUCAAGAUGUCAUCAUUCUCACAAUUUGGGAAACUCCCCAUCGAACUUCAACUCAGAGUCUGGUCUUUCUCCCUGGAUCCACAUCGCAUUAUUCCACGCAUCAUCGAAGCCGACCAUGAUUCCAAUAACUUCCCACACAAAUACAAAUCUCAGCCUCCACCACUCACCCGAACUUGUCGAGCCUCUCGUGAAGUUGCUCUUAAGAACUAUUCAGUCCUCAAUCCCGGUGCGGCAAAGGAGCUAGGCGCCAUAUAUUUCCAUCCCGCCUUCGACAUUUUAUACUAUUAUCCCUCUUGUCAGUUAUCCGCUCACCAAAACUUUUGCUCGCUUGCCACAACAUCAUUCUUGGACCCGAAGCUUCCAACCCAUCUUAUCCAGCACAUAAUGUUCACACAAUCGUACCUCACACAUCGAGCACGUGAUUCAUUCCUCUGUCCAAUUCCAGAGUUGAGACAUUUCGGAAAUAUCAAGACGUUAUACAUCGCAUUACCGAGCCAUGCGGAGUUAGAAGUAGAAGCUAGGAUUUGGUAUAAACAACUCAUGAGAUUCACACCAGAUUUUGAGCCUCCACUGCAUCCUCACAUCACAGCUUCUUAUGCACGCGAAAAACUUGAAGAGGCGACUGGACGCCGAGAUGUUGUACCUAGUUACACAUUACUAGCCGAGGAUAAAGGAAGUUUGCGCAAACAUCAGGUUACGAGUUGUUUUGGAUGGCAGGAAGGUGGUGUGAAGGGAGCGUGGGUUUGUGGUGACGGGCCUGGAAGGAAUGGUGGUGAAAUUAGGAAGGGAGAGGAUUGGUUAGGUAGAGAGUUACCGGCAGUGAGAUAUUUAAGAGCUGUGCCAAAGGAAUAGUUAAGGAUUUGAGGUGGUAAUAAUGUUGUAUACGGCUGCAUAUAAAGGUCGCUUUGAAACCGCUCAAACCCAGGCGAAAAUAAUCUAGAGGGGAUACUAAUGUCUAAUAUCGAGUUGGCAAUGAUUUAUCAAUAAUCAAGGAAGUCUCAAGGAACAAAAAUUUGUGUAGAUAUGGCAGGACAUCGAUGCAAAGAGUUGAGAUUAAUGGACCACGGAUAUUUAAAAAUUCAAAGCUAACGUCCUAUCAAAGGAGAAAACAAGCUUUCACCGUCACCGAACACAAAUCUUACAAGCUACAAAUUCUCCGUUCUUGCAACCAAUCACAAGAAAGAGAUAUCAACCGACCGUCAAAAGCACUCGAAAAACCAACCCUCGUAAUCUUCACCAAGCACACCCAACAAACGGGGAUGAAUACCUACAA